GUUAUAGUGUGAAGCGGUUUUUGGGGAAGUUUCUGUUUGGCUAUCAAGGAAGAAAAAUCACAAGAUUUUUCUUUGUGGUUUUCGUGUUGGUAGACAAAUAAAGUGAAAUAUUCAUAGAUGGAGGAUAGCAGUGAGGAUGAAAGAGAAAUGCUUCCCGAAGUAAGAAAGAAAUCAUUUGUUCCACGUUGGCCAACUACUAUGUCUGAGUUGGUCUUAGUGAGAAAUUCUGGGCAAAAUUUGCCCAUUCAAUUUAAUGAACACCGGCAACCUGUUGGAGCCACGUCUAAGAAAAUGCAAAGUUACAUUAGUGCGUGCGUUCGGCAACAGAUUCCUAUCACAUACAACUCUUGGAAAGAAGUUCCGAAUGAGCUAAAAGAUAAAAUCUAUGAUUGUAUAUCGAUGUCGUUUGAUUUACAACCCAAUGCUAAACAUUCUAUACUUAUGUCUGCAUCAAGAAAGUUUCGAACGUUCAAGACUACGUUAACUCAGAAGUAUAUACUUCCGUCUACGGAUCAACCAUCACUCUUGCAGUUUCCUCCCAAAAUCUAUUCUCAUAUAAAUCAAGAAGAUUGGGAAUCGUUUGUGGAUGCUAGACUAAGUGAAGAGUGGGAGGAUUAUAGUAGUAUUCAAAGGGAAAGAAGGUCGAAAUGCGCAUACAAUCACCACAUGUCACGUAAGGGAUAUGCUAAUCUUGCCGAUGAACUAAAAAUAACGCAUGAUGUUUCCUACCGUUCAACUCUUUGGAAAGAAGCACGGAAAGGAAGAAAUAAUGAUUAUUUUGAUGAUGCUACUCGAGAUUGUGCCUCUCGGAUUGAUGAAUUAGUUGCAACAAAUAAAAAUGAGGACAUCUUGACUGACGCAUUGGGUUCCAAGGAGCACGGUGGACGUGUAAGAGGCGUGGGUGGUUUUGUCUCUCAAUCAUAAUAUUUCAACACAGUAUAAGGGAAGGAGAAAAUGUGUCAUAAAGAAGAGGAUGACUCGAGAUGCAAAAGUGACAAGAAGAGAAGUAAUCACUCGAGGUCAUCCAUUGGAAGUAUUAAUAUAGAUCUUGAUGCCGAUGAGGACACACCUACCAACAAAGGAGUGGAGGUAAUUGACUUUGUUGUCACUUUUAGUCUUUUAACGAUAUAGGAUCAAUUGUUCUUAACUAUGCUUUUAAUAUUUGUAAAGGGAACACAAUGCCAAUUGUCUAUAGGAUCCAUUAA